GGCAAACUCAGGCGACGUCCGUAGGGGCCAGCCAGGUUGCAUCUCGGGGUGCGAGAGGCGGUAGGAGAGGCCGUGGAGGCCGUGGAGGCCGUGGAGGCCGUGGAAGCCGUGGAGGUCAUCAGGCUCAAACCGUGAGCGAUGGCCAUGUUAGCUCGGUGCACGGGACUCACACCGAGGAUUAUGACUCUACUUAUGUUCCCGAGACGGAACAGGAGGAGACCCCAUACGAUGGGGGUGAUACGUAUACCGACGAUGACAACGAUGAGAGUGAUGCCAAGUUCGCCCAGAUGGGCGAAUUGUUUGAAUGGUAUCAAAAAGAGAAACUAAGGCGAGAUCUUAGGCGCCAGGCUAGGCGUGCCUCUCAGGGGGCUUCAGGUCACGGAAGCCGGGGAGCAUCAGUGGCUACACCUGUGGCGUCACAGGGAAUGCAUGGGGGAGGUUUUUGUGUAAGAAUCUCCAAAUACCUCAAGGAGGCUAGGGCCUUGGGGUGCAAGUCAUUUGAUGGCAAGGGUGAUAUAUCGGUGGCUGCCGACUGGAUCAAGAAGCUAAAUGAGGCUGCUAGGGAUAUGCAGAUCGGGCUUGAUAUAAAGCUGACAGUUGCUACCAGGUUACUGGAGGGAGUAGCCGCGGUAUGGUGGGAAGGCGUGGAAGGAAAGUUCCACGGUGAGACCACCUGGGAGAAAUUCGAAGUAGAAUUUUAUAAUCAAUACUACUCAGAGUUUGAGAAGAACCAAAAGAGGAAAGAGUACAUGACCUUGACACAGGAGGAGGGGUGCUCGGUAAGGCAAUUGGAACAGAGGUUCCGGGAUUUGGCACGAUACAUACCUGAGUACGCCAUGGAUGAGAACCGCAUGGCUAAUCACUUCUGGGAUGCCCUACAGUUGGAUAUCCGUGAUAGGGCUACCUACAAUCAUCACAUGACGUUCAGUGAGAUUGUCGAUCAGGGGCUUCUCGGGGAAGCCAAAUGGAAUGAGAGGAAGAAGAGAGACGUCGAAGAGGCGAAGAAGAGGAGAUGGGGAAAUUCUGGACCCCAAGACCAUUCUCGGAAACAUCACGCCGGGACUGGAAGUUCAUUUAGGGCGCCGGAACCACCGGCAAAGAAGAGCAAGGGUCCAGGAGGGCAAGGGCACAGCUCGGGGAGCGUGAGGCCACCGAGGUGUCUAAACUGUAACAAGAAUCAUGCCGGGAAGUGCAAUGCACCACCCCGGUGCUACAAGUGCGGUAGCACUAGUCACCUCAAGCCUUCUUGCCCAAUGUUGAAUGGAGGGGGACCAUCGGGGGCUAUGGAAGGACCUACGGCUAGUAGGGGACGUGCGGGACCAUCACAGGCCGGCACGGGAAGGGGCGGACCUACGGCAAGCAAUGCCGCGUCCGUUAACCAAGGUAGGACCCAGGCACGAGUGUAUGCAAUGACCGAGGCGGAUGCGCGAGCAAACCCGGACUCCGUUGCAGGUUGAGGCUAGAGUCCUGCUACCUGCACCUUUGCCCAGGGUGAACUCAAAUAAGGAAGACGUGGUUCGUGCUUCCAUUCUUAUUUGAAAUUGUGAAAUUGCUCAUGGAUAUUUGAACGAUGUUUUCUAUUAAACUAUUGAAGGGCCUGUGUGCCCGUGUUUGC